AUAACCAUUAGAGGAUGGUUAUUUUUGUCUGUUUUUUAACACGAAAUUGUACGAAGUUUGCGAAACAAUUACAAUGUUGUUGUCAGUUGUCCGAAAGGUGCACAUGUUUAUCUCACGAAAUUAAUAAGAGACAAGAUGGAAUGUUAUUUAGUUCGUGGAUUUGUUUAGAUAGUAAUCACGUAGUUUAACUAAUAAGUGUUCCAUCAAUUUUCAAUGCUAUUAAAAAGGAUACAGUUUACAAUAUGUCUAAUAUUAAAGAGGAUCAGGCAAAUUUCACAAAUGGAUUUUAUUUAGAGACGCACAAAAGAUGGGAGAAGUUUUCGAACUGGAUACACUGUAUCUGUGUUGUGACUUUUGAUUUGGAAUUGGGGCAAGCUCUUGAGAGCAUUUAUCCACCUCAUGUGACACUGACAAAACAAGAGACUUUGAACAUAUGUUACCUGGCAUUCCCUGACUCAAAUUCUGGAUGUAUGGGUGAUACCAAUUUUAUAGUUCGUUUACAAAGCUGCCCAUCGAAAGCUGUGCUGAGCAAUGUUCACACAGCCUACAAUUCUAAAUGUCCACCAGCUUUGCAGAUAAAUCCAGCUUACUACUGGGGUUAUGUGUACUUUCGGCAAGUCAAGGAUAUUAAACUACCUAGAGGCUAUUUUCAGAAGAGUGUUGUCAUACUGUCGAGGCUACCGUUCAAUAAUUUAUUCACCAAGAUUAUAUCUGUAAUAGCUCCUGAAUACUUUGAUAAUGGCAAUCUUAGUUUAGAAGCUGCAUGUUAUAACAUAGAUCAAUGGCCCACACCAGUGCCUGGUUUAACAUUAAGUUUACCAUUACUAGGUUCAGUAUUUCAAACUUUCAUACCACAUCAACGAAAUUCCACUUCACUGAUUUUGCAAUUGGCUGGAUUGAAUGAAGUGGCCACUAGCUCAGAGAAUCAGAUUCAAGCUUCUGUUGAAGAUCUGAACUUAUUUGAUAUUUUCCAACCCGUGUUGUCCCACAUCGAUAUGCUGUGGGAACUUGUGAUAACCGCCGAGCCUUUAAUUGUAAUGGCCUCAUCUCCGAACCAUUGCUCGCUGAUGGUACUGGCUCUCACCAGGAUCAUUUCUCCAUUAAAAUUCUGCGCCGAUCAUAGAACGUACUUCACGAUACAUGAUAGCGAUUUUAAGCAAUUUACGAACAAAGUUCAUGGUACACCGCCAGUUAUACUUGGCGUUACCAAUCCGUUCUUCGCGAAGACGCUGCACCAUUGGCCGCACACGGUGCGAUUAGGUGAAGACUAUGGUCAAUACCAAAAGUACAAGCUGAAGAAGAACGGUAACUCCAAGAUAUUCGAUUCCACGCCAGGCGUCUACAGUUCUUAUAAACCAUUCUUGCAAAAGGAUAAGACAAUGAUCAAAAAUCUGAUCAGCGGUAUUAACACGAAAAGACCAUUCGAAGUACAAUCGGCUCUACUUAAAAAACACUUGUUAGAGUUAACGCACAGUUUUAUGAUUCCUUUGGAAAGGUACAUAGCCAGUUUGAUGCCACUGCUGAAGAACAUUUCCCCGUUUAGGGCAGCCCCUACUCCGUUGCCGUUCAAUCCAGAUGACUUCUUUGCUAUGCUGGAAACGGCUGGGCCGCAGUUAACCACAGGAAUCAAAGGAGAUUGGGUUGGUUUAUAUAAGAAGUUCUUUAGGUCGCCGAACUUCAACGGUUGGUUUAACAACCGUUACACCGAACUUGCGUUGAAACUGCAAGCUUUACAGCUUCAAGCACUUUCAGACGCCGACCUAAAGUUGUGGGUACAAGGAAAACCGGAAGUAGAGAUCGUGGACAUGGUCUUGAAGAUAAAGAAUAAAAUAAAAAAGUGCGAACAACAUGACAUACCUGUAAGUCAUACUAUCAAAGAGCAAUUGGAACAACGUCUGCAAGAUAUUAUAAGCUCUCUGCCGGACGAUCUGAAGAACAUUUUACAAACGUCGUGAUAAUAAAUUAUAUAUAUAUAUUUUUUUUUUAAACUCGCGAUAGCAAUGAGAAGCAUAACCAAGCUCAGGGUUUCAUUGAAGGAACGAUUCAUUUAACAUUUGUUGAUACGUAUUUCUAAAUUACGUUCGAAUUAUUUACUUUAUAUAUAUAUAUUUUUCUUGAUCGAUUCAUUCAUUUAUACAUGUUACAUUUUUGUUGAUUGUGUGCCAAAAAGAAAGUUGGCCUAACUGCCGCUAAGUAUGAGAACUACAUCCAUCCGUUGCAGUGAGCAAAGUAGAUAUUGCUGGUUACCGUUUUGUAAGUAACAGCGAUCACCUUAUUAUGUAACACCAUUGUUUUAGAAAUAGAAACAGAUGCCGACUUACUACCUUUAAUUUCUUCUGUUCUGUUCAUUUUAGCAUCACUGAUUUUAUACAUUAUAUAUAGAUAUAUUAUUAUAUUUUUUUAAAUGUGCAUUUUUUAAUAUAAUAAACAUACAGUUAUUGUAAGUAAAUAUUUUUCAGUACAAAAAGACGCGAGGGCGGGGCAGGGUUAUUAUGUGUUUUUUUUU